AUGGGCUCUCAGUUAUGGACUUUUAUGUUCUUCAUUUCGGCAGCUUUUAAUGCACUUUGCUUACCUGUUGAAUCUGCAUGCGAAAGUGACAGGAUUGUAAAGUUACCAGGGCAGCCAAAGGUUAGUUUCCAGCAGUAUGCAGGGUAUGUAACUGUUGAUGAAAUUCAAGGAAGGAAACUUUUCUACUAUUUUGUUGAAGCUGAGACAAACUCCACUUCCAAGCCUCUUGUACUGUGGCUGAAUGGAGGACCUGGGUGUUCCUCUGUUGGAAUUGGAGCUUUCUCUGAACAUGGCCCUUUCAAGCCAAAUUCAGCAGGGAUUCUGGUCAACAAUGCAUAUAGUUGGAACAAAGAAGCAAAUAUGCUAUAUCUGGAAGCGCCAGCAGGAGUUGGAUUCUCGUAUUCUGCCAAUGAAUCUUUCUAUGGCUCGGUAAAUGACACCAUAACAGCAAAUGACAACUUCGUUUUCUUACGACAAUGGCUAGUAAAGUUCCCUGAAUACAAAAAGAGAGAUCUUUUCAUCACUGGAGAGAGCUAUGCUGGUCAUUAUAUCCCACAACUAGCACAGUUAAUUGUUGAGUCGGGAUCAAAUCUCAGCUUGAAAGGCAUCGCUAUAGGAAACCCAUUGUUGGAGUUCAACACAGAUAUCAAUGGGGAAGGAGAUUACUACUGGUCGCAUGGCUUGAUAUCAGAUGAAACCUAUCACCUUGUCAACACAAUCUGCAACACCUCCCAGCUCCAGAGACAGACUGAUGCCAGGUCUCUUACUGAGGCAUGUCAAACCGUUGCAACUCGACUUGAUGCAGAAGUUCCAAGAGGCUACAUCAACAAGUAUGAUGUCACUUCUGAUGUUUGCUUAUCAGAUGUUGAAUCACAAUUCGGUUCCCAGAAACUGGCUUUGGCUGCCAGUUUCCAUCCAGUUUCAUCUCUCAAAUCCAAUCAAGGCGUUGUUACAAAGCUGACACAUGGUGAGUCCAUAGACCUUUGUGUACAAGAUAAGACAUACACAUAUUUGAACAGGAAAGAUGUCCAACAAGCUAUGCAUGCCAAGCUUGUACACGUCCCCAGCUGGGGCAUCUGCAGCAUUGAGGUGGGCUAUGACUUGGACAAUUUGGAGAUUCCAACAAUUGGCAUCGUUGGUGGGUUGGUGGGUUCAGGAAUUCGAGUACUAGUCUACAGUGGUGAUCAAGAUUCCGUGAUCCCAUCCACUGGGACGAGGACUCUGGUGGAUCAAUUAGCAAAAGGGAUGAGACUAAACACAACAGUGGAAUACAAGCCAUGGUUUGAUUAUGACAAACAGGUUGGUGGAUGGACACAAGUUUAUGGGGAGAACAAUAAGUUAUCAUUUGCAACCAUCAGAGGAGCCUCUCACAUGGCUCCAUUCUCCUCUCCCAAGAGGUCACUCGCAUUAUUCGCAGCAUUUGUUGCCGGGAAGCCAUUGGCAACUUGA